CGCCCGGCAGCGACGAGAAUCGACACGAGCCAAACCCGCGACAUCGAGUCUCACGGCGCAAAAAAAGGUGCAGCCCCGCCCCGACGUCGUCCCGCCCACCACUAUCGCCAAGAUGUUGUACGAGACGAUUGGCAUUGUCCGCCCGGGCAAUCUGAAGGAAGUGAAAGAAAUCGUCCUUACCGCCGGCCAGCUAAUCCUCCGCCAGGGUGGCGUCAUCCGCGACGUGGCCAACUGGGGCGUCUUCCACCUGCCGCGCGCCAUCUCGCACAACCAGACGCGCUACACGCGCGGCCACUACUUCGUCCUGCGCUACGACGCCGGCGUCGCCACGCACCAGGACGUCACCAAGACCCUCCGGCUCGACCCGCGCGUCAUCCGCUCCGGCGGCGUCAAGCUCGGCGACGGCAAGCUCGAGACCCUGAGCAAGUUUGGGGCGGUGCAGUGGAAGAACAUGGAGUGAAUAUCUUUGCUACUUUCCUCCCUGUCUGGGUCCGGUUCAUUCGGCCUUUUUGUCGUUUCCGAUCUAGACGGGGGGGGGGGGGGGGGGGGAAGGAGUGGAAGGAAAAGGAGGAUGGCUUUCCAUCCGAUUGCGAUGGGAUGCGGUAUGAUGCGAACGAAGAAGCCCCCAGACCUUGGCCUUCUGAUAAGGAUGGACACGGCAGAUUCAGCAAUAAGAACAGCAGCUGAGGGAGAACGACGGACUUGGUUCUUCUGAGCCUGGCCGGGAGUUCAAAGAGCAAAUUGGAAAGCAAGGAAUACGAUUGCGGUGCCGGACAAGGCUCCGAAAUGUCUUGGGCCUUCGGUUCAAGAAGAACCCGCCCACAACAGGUUUGGGACAGCAGGACGGGAUGGAGCUGUACGAUUAGACGCUGUACGGUACGUGUAUGUACACAUGAUAGAUUGACUUGGCUCUGGCAUGACUGGGGACUGCGAGAUGUACAACAAACAAUCACAUGUCUCUCCACGGG